AUGUUUGUCAAGAAACUCGUCGAGAAAGCUUCAAUUAAGAAGCCCGGUGGAAAUUCACUAGAAGGGUUAAAAGCUAGCGAUGUAGAUCCACAAGUAACGUUUCAUCAAGGGAUACCAUCAGGUGGUGACAAAUUUGCUUAUGACGCCAUUCAGAAGAUACUGGCUCUUUCUACAAAGGAUGGCAGGAUUAAACUAUAUGGAAAAGAUAAUGCUCAAGCCCUGCUUGAUUCUAGUGAGCCUCUACCGAGCAAGUUCUUACAGUUCAUCCAGAACAAAGGCAUCCUUUUAAAUGUCACAUCCAAUAAUCAUAUUGAGGUUUGGGACAUAGAGAAGAAAGUGCUGUCUGACAUAUAUUUUGCUAAAGAAGAAAUCACUAGUUUUGCAAUCAUUCAACAUAGCCUCUAUAUGUACAUUGGACAUUUUAAUGGUAAUAUAUCAGUUUUGAAGCUUGACCAAGAUCCAUGGCAUAUAGCUCAGAUGAAAUACACCAUACCCUUUUCUGCUUCCAAUGGGAAUUCUGAAGUGUGUGAUGAUACUAUUGUGAUGCAUGUACUGCCUCAACCAGGAGCUGAAACUAAGAGGGUUCUCAUAAUCUUUAGAAAUGGCCAAAUAAUAUUAUGGGAUAUUCAGGAAAGCGAAACUAUAUUCAGAACUGGUGGAAAUAUGUUGCAGACACUGCAUAAUAAUGAAACAAAGAAAGUGACUUCUGCGUGUUGGGCAUGUCCUUUUGGAAGUAAAGUAGUUGUUGGAUACAACAAUGGAGAGCUCUUCAUUUGGAGCAUACCUUCUCUAAAUACAGGAAAUGGUCCUUCUGCAUCUGAUCAUAGUAGUCAAAGUCCUUUGCUCAAACUUAACUUAGGAUACAAGUCAGAGAAAAUUUCUAUAGCAUCAAUAAAAUGGGUUUAUGCCGCAGGAAAGGCCAGUCGACUAUAUGUCAUGGGAGCUUCUGAGUAUGCAAGUUCAAACUUGUUACAGGUAGUGUUGUUGAGUGAACAUACGGAAUCUCGCACGACUAAGUUAGGACUUCCUUUGUCUGAAUGUUGUGUUGACAUGGAGAUCAUAUCAACUUCAACUGAGCAAGACAAGCAUAAGCAAGACUCUUUCCUUUUGCUCGGGAAGUCAGGCCAUGUAUAUCUAUAUGAUGAUACUUUUAUUGAAAGGUAUCUGCUACAAUCUAAGUCCACACCUUCACUUCCUAAGGGCGUGAUUGCAAAGUUACCUCUGGCAAGUUCAAGCAUCACAGCGGCAAAAUUCAUCUCGAACAAUUCCAAUGUGUUUUAUUCUGAAGAUGAGUACUACAGGCAGCUGGUGAAAAAUCAUCCCCUUUUUGUUCCUGUUGAAAUGAAUCAAAAAGACGGGAUUAGUCCAAGUUCUGCUAAAUUUUCUGGAUUUUCAAAAGUUCAAAACUUGUAUAUAACUGGACACAGCAAUGGAGCUGUAAACUUCUGGGAUGCUUCAUGCCCCCUUUUCACCCUAAUUUUGCAAUUAAAACAACAGACUGAAAAUGACUUUUCAUUAAGCGGUAUACCCUUGACAACACUGUUCUUUGAUAUCAACUCUCCUCUUCUUGUUUCUGGGGACGAAAGUGGAACGGUUCGCAUCUUUAGAUUCAAACCUGAACCAUAUGCUACCAACAUCUUUAGUGGUACAAAGAAAGGGACUGAUCAUGUCAUCCAAAGUGUGAAAACGGUAAAGAUUAAUGGUGCCAUAACUUCUGUGAACAUAGAUCAUAGCUCCACACGUCUUGCUGUUGGUUCUCAUCAAGGACAUGUUUCGGUUUUUAAGAUGGAUGGCCUAACUCUGUUAUAUCAGAAACAUAUAGCAAGUGAAAUUUCUGCUGGUAUCAUCUCCCUGCAAUUCCUAACAUGCAGUUUGCAUGGUUUUGACAAAAACAUUUUAGCAGUUGGAACAAAAGAUUCUUCUGUUCUAGCACUUGAUAAUGAAACUGGUAACAUGACAAGCACGGAAACUGUUCAUCCUAAGAAGCCCUCCAAAGCUCUAUUUAUGCAGGUGUUUGAUGGACAAGGUGAAGUAUUAACAGGAUCAGUUACAAAGGAUGGAUUAGACUUGAGUGAAGGGAAUCAUAUCGAAAAUGCACCAACAAAGCAAUUGUGCUUUCUGCUUUGUUCAGAAAAAGCUUUAUAUGUGUAUUCAUUAAUGCAUGCUGUUCAGGGAGUUAAAAAGGUGCUUCACAAAAAGAAGUUUCAUUCCUCUUCCUGUUGUUGGGCAUCAACAUUUUACUGUCCCUCCGGUAUUGGCCUUGUACUCCUUUUCACCAACGGAAGAGUAGAAUUAAGGUCUUUGCCAGAGUUAUCCCUGAUUGUGGAGACUUCAAUUAGAGGUUUCAAUUAUUCACCUCCGAAAUCAAAGUCAUUUUCGGAUUGGCAAAUAUGUUGUUCAUCCAAAGGAGACCUUGUCUUGGUGAAUGGAGACCAAGAAAUUUUUGCUGUCUCAUUGUUGGUCCAAAGAAAUAUUUUCAGAGUUUUGGAUUCUGUUAGCUGCAUCUACAAGAAAGAAAUGAUGCUGUCACAAGAAGAGCUUUUCCCUGGCCCAGUCAUUCAAAAGGAAAAGAAAAGGGGUAUCUUCAGCUCUUUCUCUGGCAAUAAAGAAAAGCCUGCACCCCCCAUGGAAACAGUAAAUUCUAGAGAAAGUAUCCAGGAACUCUCGGUGAUCUUUUCAAAAGAAAAUUUUCCUUCCCUUGUUGAUAAUAAUGAUAACCUGGCUAUUGACGAAGACGAGGUCGAGCUAAACAUAGAUGAUAUUGACCUAGAUGAUCAUGUAGAAAAACGCAAAGAUCGUGGCAUAUUGGGAAUUGGAGGUCUUAAUAAGAAGAAACUGACUGGAAAAUUUCAGGCUCUAAAAGGAAGGUUGAAAGAGAUAAAGGGAAACACCCAAAAAACAUCAGGUAAGGAAGAGCGACAAGAAGAGCAGCAACCUGGUACAGUCGAUCAAAUUAAAAAGAGAUACGGAUUUUCUUCUUCCUCCAAUGAAACAACCGUUGCUAAAUUGGCAGAAAGUAAGCUGCAGGAGAACUUGAAAAAAUUACAGGGUAUCAACCUUCGAACUACAGAAAUGCAAGAUACAGCAAAAUCAUUUUCAUCAAUGGCAAACCAAGUAUUGCGAAGUGUUGAACAGCAACAAGACAAAAGAAGUUCAUAA